CGAGCCACCGACUGGGAUGGUCACGUUGGCGCAGCUGCGGACGAUUCAACGCGGCUGAUUGUGACCCGCCAUGUUCGUUAUACCCAACCGUUUCCGCAGAGUUAUCGAAUUAUAGAGAUUUUCGCGGAAAAAUGACAUAAUGAGGGUUCGAUUAAGAGACAAGCUUGACUUAAACCACAAAGCUCGAAUGAUGUUCACCACUUACAUACGUCGGUGACAACGCUUUCUAUAUACACAGAAAUGGAUAUACAAAAGAAAUUUCUGUGCCCUCGCCUGGUUGAUUACCUGGCCAUUGUGGGGGCAAGACCACCAUCGGCUUCUCGACAGCCCGUUCAGGUACCAGAGCUACUACGCAGAUAUCCUGUGGAAGAUCACAAGGAUUUUCCACUACCCCUUGAUAUGGUUUACUUUUGUCAACCCGAGGGCUGUAGUAGCGUUGGACCUAAACGUACAGUCUUGCGAGAGGCUACUUCCUUCACCUUCACACUUACCGACAAGGAUUCUGGAAAAACACGUUACGGAAUAUGUGUAAAUUUCUACCGACCUAUAGAACGCGGCGGAAGUACGGGCGGAGGGGUGACAGGCAGGAGGGAUAGGCACAGUACAACUUUUCGUCGCGAAAGCUGGAGAAAAAGCAUGGAGAAAAGUUCAGACUCUGCAUUUUCUAGAGCUGUUCUUUAUAGCGACUAUAGGAGCAGUGCGGUAGGACCAAGUGACUCUGAAAGGGACUGCCCCAGCAGGAGAGACUCGGACACACCACAUGCACCUCAUGCCCCAAGACUCGGUGUCACUGCACCAAGUGGAGACAGCGAAAGUGGAGGCAGCCAUUCUCCUUCACCCAGAGCUUCUCGAAAACGUCAGCGUGUGAGGAAUCAUUCUUUGACGUCGCUCUGUAUAAUCUCUCAUCAUCCGUUUUUCUCAAUAUUUCGAGAAUGCUUGUUUGUUCUGAAAAAAAUCAUCGACGCCUGCAAUGAAAGCUCUUCCCCGAGGAGGGUGGGAGCCUCGAGACAAGUUAACAGAGACACGGUAUGGAGCGCGUUGACAAGUCAGGCUCUUGAAGGCACUCCGUCAAUUGUACUUCAUGAUGUCAGAGAAAUCGAAACGUGGAUUCUGCGACUACUAAGUGCCCCUGUUCCUGUUCCUGGAAAAACUAGAGUAGAAGUUGAAAUACUCUCUCCGUCGUUACAACCGCCGCUCUGCUUUGCCCUACCUGAUCACACCAGGUUUUCAUUGGUCGACUUUCCGCUUCAUCUUCCCUUGGAAUUGUUAGGUGUUGACAUAUGUUUGAAAGUUCUAACGCUGAUUUUGCUUGAACAUAAGCUUGUGCUACAAUCCCGAGAUUAUAACGCCUUGUCAAUGUCAGUCAUGGCAUUUGUUACAAUGAUCUAUCCACUGGAAUAUAUGUUUCCUGCAAUCCCAUUGCUUCCGACGUGUAUGAGCUGUGCAGAGCAACUGCUGCUGGCUCCCACACCGUUUGUUAUUGGUAUUCCGGCAACUUUUCUACUAUACAAAAAGAAUUUCAGAAUGCCCGAUGAUAUCUGGCUCGUUGACUUGGACAGCAAUAAAAUUACACCACCUAGUGGCUUUGGUGAUACGUUACCUCCGCUGCCUGAACCGGAGGGUACUAUUUUAAAAAAUCAUCUGAAACAGGCAAUGCAACUCAUGGACCAAGUUGGAGCUGGUGCAAUGGGCAGCUUAGUAACACCGCAACCACAACAGCCUUCCCCACAGCAUGCGUUACCACAACCUUUGAUGCAGUCACCUAGUAGAAGAGAAAGUUCGGCGUCGCAUCACUCAACUUUAAGUGUUUCUUCCGCUCGGCAUCGACCCAGCAUGGACUAUAGUAUGCACAGUCAACAUAGUGCUGCGAAUUCCCCUGGAACGCCAUCCACAUCCAGUCCACAUCGCACGUCACUAACUCCUUCAAUGAGUCCAACUUCGACUCAAAAACAAACCCCUCAUCCGUCACCUGGUUUCAAUCCAUUUAUCUACGGAAACGAUGUUGAUUCCGUUGAUGUGGCAACUCGUGUUGCUAUGGUCCGCUUUUUCAACUCUCAAAACCUCUUGGCAAACUUCAGCGAACACACAAGAACCUUGAGACUCUAUCCAAGGCCGGUAGUAGCCUUUCAAAUUAAUUCGUUCCUAAGAUCAAGACCGAGAACCAGCAGCUUUUUGAAUAAAUUUGCAAGGACGCAGGCAGUCGAAUUCCUAGCAGAGUGGUCGCUCACUCCAAGUAAUGUGGCUUUCCUGAGAGUCCACACAGGUGUAUUCGACCCGACUCAAAUUGGCGACAAACCACGUUGGUACGCUCCCAGCUUAGAGCCAAUAUAUUUUCCCAUCUGGGAUUCAAACGGAUCCUUAGCUGCAGCGAUGAGAACUUUACAACAACUUGAAAAUCAGCCAACAGACGAAAGUGGAUCUGACUCCGAGGGAGCCGAUAGUACCAGUUCGUCUUACUCUUCACUUAGCGAUUUCGUAUCGGAAAUGGUAUCUUCUGAUCUUUCACCCAGCUACCAUUGCCCUCAAGCAACGCAGCCACAACCUAUGUCUCUUUCAGUUGAUCCAAAGAAUGUCUACAAUCCCCCUAGUUCUUUACAAUACCCUGGUGCCGACGACGAUCCCCCUACCAGACCUGGAAGUCCACUAAGUACGUCAUCAAGUCACAGUGAUCUGAGCAGCCCCAGUUUCAACAGGGAUUCCGAGCUUGAAUUAAAUCCAAGGAUUCAAGAGGGUUCGCAAGUAGCUAAAAGUGAUAAUGAUAAAGAGGAGGGAGGUAGCUUUGAAUCAGACUCAGCAUCGACAACAGCCACACCACGCACAAUCCUGAGUGCACAAAGUACAGUAGGCCAGUUUGGAAGUGGCGCGGGGUCUUUAGUGACCCCAUCACCCAGUGAUACAGAGCGCCCUACCACUCCCCACCGGACCUCACGCCUCAAUAGAUCUGUCACUCCAGUUCCGCCACUCAGUCCAGGGCCACAACGCCAACCAAGUGUAGGCAAUGUUCUGGCACGUACAUCGAGCUUUGGAUCAGCGGUUGGACCUCUUCUUCCGAGACAACCAAGUGGUGGGAGUAACAAUGGGUCACCUACAUUACCUCGUCAAGCGACUACUGGUAAUGGCGUUCAGCGUCAUCAUAGUGGGAACAGCAAUGUUCCUCGACAAAACAGUGGAAGUAGUACUGGAACUGGUGUUAUUAGGCAAGGAUCACAAGGAUCGUUAUUUGAACAGUUUGCCUCACAAGCUAAAGAUUUAGUCAGGGAGACGACAAGACAGAGUAGUCAAGAUGGACUACUCGCUCAUAUGGACAAGCUGAAGCAUCAAGCAAGGGAGAAAAUAAAUGAAGCUGGCGAAGAAAGCUUAUUUGCACCCUUGGAACAGCUUACGCAGCAAACCAAGAAAGCGAUGGGUGAAGCAUCAAAGUCGGUUCAGGAAGUAUCAAAGAAUGCCUUAGAAGCAAGUAAAACAGCUGCAGGUGUUAGUAAAAAUACCUUUGAUGAUUUGACCUAUGUGGGAAAAAGUACUUUUGGCGAUUUGACUAAAAGUGCUAAAGAAGCUGCGACCAAAAAAGGGUUGCUCAAGGGACUCGGUGAUUCCCAGCAAUCACCUCCACACACUUCCCCACCACCUGGUCCACUUCAACGAAGAGAUUCUAGUAGUACCCAGUUAGUCGCAUCUGACUCUCGUGCUGGUAGAAGAGAUAUUGGCCGUGAUUUUUUUAGCAAUAUAAGUAGUGAUCUGAAUGGCAUAGCUGCGCAAACUAGCAGUAUGUUUAGUGAUUUAUUUGGCAAUAAGCAUAGCUCUAAUCGGAACGCUAAUCCGCAUCCUCAAUCGCAAAAACCUAAAGAAAAAUCUCAGACAUUUGGACCCUUCCCCAAAGGUAGAAAAGGGCUGGUCGAGAGAUCAUCGUUGAUAAAACAUUCAACCAACAAACCUAGUCAGGAGGAAUUACAACGGAUGCAAAAUGUAGAACGAUCGAGUACAAAUAGCGAUAAUCAAGCAUUCCUAACAGAUAUUGUGAACCAAGCAUUAGCAGGAGAAGGAGUGGGCUGGCUCAAAUUGAAUAGGUUGAAAAAACUAAUGGAAGACGAGAGUUAUCGCAACCUUGUUGUAACGAAUUUGAAUAAGGGUCUUGAGAGAAAAAUAAGUCCUGAUGAUCAUAUCGAUGACGUUUGCGUUUCACGGCCAGUUUAUAAAGGGAUGCUGAAGUGCCUUCAAGCUGUAGUUCACGGCCUGGUACAUACUUAUAGCAAUUUCGGACCCGGUGGUAUGGCAUCUGUAUUCCAACUGAUGGAGAUUGCACAUACACACUACUGGAGCAAAGACCUAACAGAGGGAGGAUUUGAAAGUUCUCUCAUAUCUCAGACUUCCAGUCCGUUUGGUAGUAAAGAAAAUUUGAGAUCACCGCAGUCCCCGAAGCAGCCUGACUUGUCAGACUUAUCUAGGAAAUCAUCCCUUCAACCGUCUUCAGAGUUACCACAACUCAGAUUGGAAAUGUCACACCCUCAAUUACCUGCAGGUGGAGAUGAAAAUCAAUCAACUACAGAAAUGUUUCUCGAUAUGUUUUCGAAGAAAGGAAAAUUGCUCAGCAGAUUAACGUCAUUUGACUCAGAGGGAGGGCAUGGCGCAGGUGGUGGUACAGGAAGCAGUGAAGCCCUCUCAACUGAUGGGGGCAGCAUAAUUACGAAUCCUGCAUUUCGUCAAGCACAUCAGGCCUCUUUUCGCAGUACCGUCUCUGAUAGUGAGGUUGAGCAAGGCAAUUUUCCACACCAAGGUAAACAGCGUACUGCGAGUGUUUGGUCCAGUAAGUCGUCUUUAAGCACUGGAUUUAGAUAUCACGGCGGAAGUCUUGUUCCAACAGUAACAACACCGAGUCCAGAAGCAGCUCGAACUUAUCUUUUUGAAGGGCUAUUGGGCAAAGAAAGAUCUUCUCUCUGGGAUCAGAUGCAGUUUUGGGAGGAUGCAUUCCUUGACGCUGUUUCUCAGGAGCGUGAUAUGGUGGGCAUGGAUCAAGGACCAGGAGAAAUGAUGGAAAGGUACAAGAGUCUGAGUGAAAGUGAGAGGAGGAGGCUGGAGCAUGAUGAGGACCGAUUAUUAUGUACUUUACUGCACAAUUUGACAGCUAUUUUGGUAAUGCUCAAUGUUGAUAAAGGGGAACUGAAGCGUAAAGUGCGUAGAUUACUUGGAAAAAGUCACAUCGGCCUCAUUUACAGUCAAGAGCUUAAUCAGCUAUUGGAUCAAAUGACCAAUCUUCAUGGCAAUGACAUUGAUCUAAAGCCUCUCACUUCUCGUCAAAUGCACCGUCAAUCAUUUACUGUUCAUGCUGGUGUCGAUGCUGAAGGCGAUUUGCGUUUUUUGGAAGUACGGCACGAUGGUUUGGUACUCAGAUCAGUAAAUGGUGUCAUUGUUGAGCGCUGGUGGUACGAACGCUUGGUUAAUAUGACUUAUAGCCCUAAAAAUAAAGUUCUCUGCCUCUGGAGGCGAAAUGGAGGGCAAACUCAACUGCAUAAAUAUUACACUAAAAAGUGUAAAGACCUGUAUUAUUGUAUAAAAGACGCAAUGGAGAAAGCGGCGCAACGAGGUCGAGGUGCUGGUUCGGGUGUAGAAUUAGGUGGUGAGUUUCCAGUGCAAGAUAUGCGCACGGGUGAGGGGGGCCUUCUCCAAGUAUGCAUGGAGGGCGUGGGUCUACUCUUCGCUAAUAGCAAGGAUUUCGAGUUUUUUGUAAGACUCGAUCAUAUCCGCAAGUGCUUUACACAGAAGGGUGGGAUCUUCGUUUUGGAAGAAUUCAAUCCUAAAACUAGACAAGUAAUUCAACGUAAAUAUAAGUCACAAUUGGCAGAUCAGAUCUGCUAUGCAGUUCUCUGUGUCUUUUCGUAUCUUGCUGCUGGCAUGGAAGAUCGUAAACAAUUACAGCAGCAGCAACAACAGCAAUAUCUAAAUCACCCUACCGGCAGUGGUGCACAAGCGAUGCAUGGAUCUGGAUUAUCGCAGGCAGGUUCCCCACGUCACCACUGACAUAGAGGCAGACACUCUCUCCCAUUGGGGCAUAACUAUGAUAGUUGUGCCCCCUACGCCUGCCUACCUUGGGUAUAGUAGGGAACAGUUAUUCGUUGCAUCUUAUUAAUACCUUGGGGAAUUCGUACAAGAAUAUCAUCUAGUCCUUCUUUCAUUUGCAAAAAAAAGGUAACUUUGUUUCCAACUCUUUG